GUCACAUAUACUCAUGCUGCCACCUGUGAUACAAAAUUUUGAACUCACAGAAGAAAACUGCUUUUGUUGAGGUCUGAAGUUGAGAUAUUCACAGAUAGACGAAGACGAAUAUGAAAAUGACUGUCAUAACAACAUACAUAACCUAUUAAUUUUGUUUUAUUUAUGUUUUUUGUUUUUAAAUUACUGUAUCAAUGGAUACAGAUGAGGUAGAAUUUUUAGGUGAAAAACAAAUCAUAACAGUAGUACCCACCUUCAAUAGCCCUGUUUUACAUUUAAUAUCCGGAGAUGUGGGUCCCUUCAGGGCUGGUUUGCCCACUAACGUCCCUAUGUGGUUGGCGGUACAGUUAAAGCAACGCCAACAGGGUAAAAUCCAAGCCCCUGACUGGAUGGACAUUGAUCGCUUAACAGAGAUGAAAGAAAAUGAAAAACAGAGUCAGUAAGUUUAGUAUUAUCCAUGUUUACUUUCAAAAUAGGCCAUCAUACUUUUUUAGAACCUUCACAAAAAUGCCGAGUGAUCACUAUAUGGUAGAAGCUAAAAUACUUCUAGAUUGUGCUUCAGAUGAUAUCCCAAGGGCAGAUGAAAUUAGGACAAUCAUUAAAGAUAUAUGGGAUAUCAGAAUGUCUAAAAUACGAACUUCAGUUAAUAAGCUGAUAAAAAAUGCAGAUUCUUAUGCUGGACUGGAUAAUUUGACUGUUAUGGAAAUAAACUCCAUUAGGCCUAUACUUCCUCAUGCUCUUGAUCAAAUUUAUAGGAUAAAGGCUUCAAAAAAGCUCAGGGUACCAUCUCAGAAUUCAACAACAUUCCAUACCAGCAGCAGACCUUCCACAUCAUUCUCUUCAUGAUGAAAGGAUUAUGAAAUUAUAUACUUUUAAUAGCUAAUUUCCAGUUGAAAUAUGUGUUAAUUAUUGAAUGUGAGUGUAAACAAAUAAACAUGAUUUUUUCUGCUAAA